UUCCUUCUUGCUGACAGAUACCCGUCUAUAUUGUAGCCAUAAUGGGGAAGUUGAACAGCUUUGUGAUCGUGUUCAGCCAAACACAGAAUAUAUACUACCCAGGCCAGACUCUCCAAGGUCAUGUCACCGUGGACCUGAACGACACAAUGAAAAUGAGAGGAAUACGACUGCGGUUUGAAGGCAAGGCAAAGGUGGAAUGGACAGAAGGCUCGGGCGACAAUGAAAAGGAUUAUUCAGCGAAGGAGAAAUACUUUAAAGAUGAUAUCUUACUUGAUGGGAGAGGUGCUGACAUGCCUGUAACGGAGACCAACUCGAAGACCGUCGGCUGCCUGUGCUGUGAAUCUGGGCCAAUCAAUGCCAACUUCACCAUCGACCGACAGGGGUAUGUCCCAGGGGAGGCCAUUAUUCUAAAGGCUGAAAUAGACAACAUGUCAGAUGGCCAAAUAGAGUCAUCAUCGGUCACUCUUACUAUGGAGACAACUUUCCGAGUAAAACACAAGACAAAGCAUAAACAAACCAAAGUUGCCAAGUUGAAACAUGGGUCAAUCCUUAUGGGAGAGCAUGACUACUGGAAUGGAGACAAACUCGUGAUUCCACCUCUGCCGCCAUCUUAUCUUGCGUGUUGCUCCAUCAUUGAUGUCAAGUACAUUCUCAUGCUGACAGUUCGUCCUCCAGGACUUACAUUUGAUCUCAACAUCCAUCUGCCGGUCAUAAUUGGAACCAUCCCCUUGCAAAGUGUCUUCGACAGUCAUCCUGCCAUCAUGCAUCCUGCGGCGUACAGAGAGACUUCAUCUUCCUUCCCAACACCAUCAGCCUAUCCCCCGGGAGAAACGCUACCCACAGACACAUUUUCCUCAGGAGCGGGAUACGCAUCACCGGUAAACCCACCACAGCGAUCAGCAUUGCCCCCUCCUUCAUAUGCAGAGUGUGUGUUUGGCAAGGUCAACAUCGCCGAGGAAGGUGACACUAAGUAUGUGAAGGGUGAUACUGAAUAUGCUCCUGCCUACACGUACUAUAACUGGGGCCACAAGCCCAGUGCUCUCCCCGUGUAGACAACAUGGCAGACGUCUGUUACAGAAGAUAGGCCCUAGUUUUCACUAACUGCCUACAUACAAGACAUCGACAACCCGUCUUCUUCCAUUUAGUCAUCAUGGCAGACGUCAGUUACAGAGGUCGGACACUGGUUUUCACUAGCUGCCUACAUACAUUACGACAGGUCGACAACCCGUCUUCUUCUUCCAUUUAGUCAUCAUGGCAGACGUCAGUAACAGAGGUCGGACACUGGUUUUCAC